GAUUGACAUGGAAAAUUAAUUAAUAGCAUUCGUAGGGGAUCCUGCAGUUGGGAAGACUUCAAUUAUUAAAUAUCUAAAGGGAUUGGAAUUCGAAGAGGAUUAUAGUCCAACAGAAUAAAUAGAGAGCACAGAUGUCACGAUUCAAAAUAAUGAAACAAUUACAAUUUAUGAUACUCCAGGAAAUGCCGCAGAAAGAAAAUAGGUUAUUGAGAUGCUAAAGAACAUCCACGUAGUGUUUGUGUGUUUUGAUGUUGAAAAUAUAGAUUCAUUUGAUUCAACAUUAUAAUGGUUAGAUGAUAUCAAAAAAUAAAUAAACAAUUCAAUGUAAGUGUGUCUGGUGGCUUGUAAAAUUGAUUCUGAUAACAGAUAGAUUUCUCAAGAGCAGGCCUUUGAAUUUAUUAAUGAUUAUCCCAAUGUUGAAUAUUUAGAAGUGAGUGUAAAGACAGGAGAGAACAUGGAUAUGCUCAUAGAUGUAACUCAAAUUAAUUAUAUCUCAGAAAAUACCCGUGACUACACCUUAAGGGGAUGGAGAUUUAUAAUAGUCUUAUAGAACCCAAUAAUCGAAUAAGCAAUCUGAAAAGCCUGUUCACAGUCCUGAAAGAUAAUCAUAGACAUACAAAUCUCAAACUAGUUUGCUAAAUAAGGAGGAACCCUUGUGGAAAGUCUAUGACUUUUUAUUUCCAACUGGGAGAGUGGCUAAAUUAGUAAAGAUAUCAGAUGUUGAUGCCAAAAAUCUGUCCAUUCAAGAUAUUUUGUUCAAAUUGCAAUUGAAUUAAAGUUAUCCAGUUGUAAAUUUGAUUGGAGCCAAGGAAACCAAUAAGGGGAAAUUCUAUGCAGGGAUUGCUAGGGCUUGUUUUAAUACUGUAUCCAAUUUGAUCUUAUUUGAAUUUAGGAUGCUGUCAUUGUAGAUAGUGGGAUCUCAACUGGAAUUGAAAAGUAUGUGAUCAGAAGAGGAGUCAAAUUGAUAGGAGUGGCUCCAGAAUAAGAGGUCAAAUAUCCGAAUUAAAGCACUGGAUUCAUUGAUCCUUAUGAGAUUAGCAACGGACAUACUCAUAUAUUUCUGCUAAGUAAUCAAGAUUCCAUUAUGUGUUUAGAUAACAAGGAGAAGAUGAUGGUUUUUGGAUUGGAAGGAGUUUUCAAGAUAAAUUUGUGUAAAAAGUAGAAUAUUGAGUUUAUUUGUAAUUUAGAUUGGCUGAAGGGAGGUUGGCAAAAAAUGGUUAGAGGGAGAGUUUGAAAGUAGUGCACAUUCUUUUGGGGGAACAAGAAGGGUUUUUGAAUGAAUUGCAGUAGGCAGUUAUGGCCAAUCAUCCGAUCAUAGUGAUAAAGGGAUCUCCUUUGUGUGAUUAAUACUUUUAAAAUUAUAAUAAUCCUCAUGCGAACUAUUCAAAUGCAAGUAAGGGAUUUGUGUGUUUAUAAAAAUAGGUUUUGGAUAAUUGGUGAGGAAGGGCCACUUUUAUGGACUAAACAGUUUGGAUUCAGAAGAUAUUGCCCAAUAUGUCCACUUCUUUUUGACAGUGACUCCAUAUAAUUGA